AUGGAUCGUAAAUUUGAUGCUGACGAAGAACGUGAACAACCAGCUGUCAAGGGACGAUAUCUUGGCAUUGCUAGAAAACUAACAUCAAUUCAACGACAAGCUAUUCCAAUUGGUUUACAAAAUCGAGAUGUGAUUGAUAUUGUAGAAAUUGGCUCUGGUAAAACAGCAGUAUUUCUUUUUCCUUUACUUGCUUGGAUCCGAUCAUUAUCAACUGUUGAUAGAGAUUUUGCUUCAAAAGAUAAAUAUCAUCAAACAGUGAUGCUUACAGUCACAAUGACACCAGUUAUUGAGCGUUUAGCACGUACAUAUGUUUGUCGUUGUUCAGCAUCUGUUUAUGUUAGAUCAAUUGUUCAUCAUAUUAUUCCAAAAUUAAUUCUUAAACGAACGAAAAAUUCUAAUAAACAAUCUGUUGAUGUAUCGAAAUACUUAAUGGAAGUAUAUCGAUUACGCCAUUAUGAAUUAGUAAAAGAUUAUCAAACAGUUGAUAUGAUACUUGAUGUUUCUGCUGUUCAACCAUAUUUUGAUUGA